AUGGCUUUGCAUCUACAGGAAGAGGAAGACAGUAGGCGCGUUGCAGAAUCGCAAACCUUGACCAGAGAUUGUGCAGUGUGCUGCGAAUCUUUACAUGUCCUGGAGUUCCCGGUCAGGCCGCCAUCGAGCCACUGUACGCACCUUGCUGAAGUCUGUUCUGCAUGCCUACAGCAGUGGGUCGCCACGAAGAUAGAUGCAAACGCACGAGCAACAAUCGACUGCCCACAGUGUACCACGCUGUUGAACCAUGAGGACGUCCGUCGCGCUUGCCGCAACCCCGAGACUUUUGCCCGGUACGACAGAUUUGCUACACGGGCCAUCAUCGACGACCUGCGCGAUUUUCACUGGUGUCUCCGUGUCGGUUGUACUGGAGGUCAAGAACAGAUUGGCGGUCUGGGAUAUAUGAAAUGCCAUUCUUGCAACUAUGAGCAAUGUUUACACCACAAAACGGAGUGGCACCAUGGCGAGAGUUGCAGGCAGUACGAUGCUCGUCUUCGGAACCAAACCGAGAGGAUGACCCAUGAGCAAGAGGAACGUGAAACCACAAGAUUUAUGGCCCAACAACAAAACAGCACUGUCUGGAAGAAAUGUCCAAAAUGCCAGGUCCUGAUCGAGAAGACUGAUGGAUGCGAUCAGAUGAAAUGCAGGGCGAAAAAUUGUAGACAGAAAUUCUGCUGGGAAUGUUUGGCGACAUGGGAGGACAUGCUGAAGCACAAGGACAAAGCUCAUGCUGUUAGUUGCAAGUACAGGACGAGGGAGAGGUAUCCAUAUGGUUAUAAUGGCUAG